AUGGGUAUUGUAAUUAUGCCUUCCUAUAAAGAUUACUGGAGUACAUCCUACCGUUAUGCUAAAAUUACAGAUAUAAUGUCACUAAAAAGAUUCCAAAGACAGCAAGUUAGAAGAUUUAUACAUUUUAUAGAUAAUACCCAAGCUGAUUUGUCUGAUAGAUAUUACAAACAACGACCUUUGAUUGACAGUAUUCGAAACCAAUGUUUGUCUGUAGAAGAAGAAAAUGCUUUCAGCAUCGACAAAAUGGUCAUUCCAUACAAAGGUAAGAAGGCAGGUAGUCGUCGGCAUAUGCUUUACGGAGGGGAUGAUACCUUCAGAGGCAUACACUUUACAGAAGAGGAAGAAAGUUUGGGAAUAGGUAGUAAAGUGGUCAUAGCGCUUUGUAAAACAGAGAAGAAGAAGGCUAGUACUAUUUAUUUUGACAAUUAUUUCACAUCUUUGGAGUUGGUUUAUAUAUUACGGGAGAAUUAUGGAUUAUUUAGCUUGGGAAUCGUUCGUCAAAAUAGAUUGAAAGAUGCUGGGAAUAAAAUGGUUUCAGAGAAGAUUUUGAAAAAGAAAGGAAGAGGGUCGUUUUCGCAAGUAGUCUGCAAUGAAAAUAAGAUAAGUGUGGUGAAGUGGUUUGAUAAUAAACAAGUAACGCUAGUAAGUUCCUAUACAGAUGCAUAUCCAUUGGAAAAAAUUAAAAGAUGUUGUAAAGAAUCAAAGGGGCGGGUUGAUGUCACCUGUCCGCAAAUCGUCAAGCAUUAUAAUCGCCAUAUGGGUGGCGUAGACUUGGCUGACAUGUUAAUUUCUUUGUAUCGUACUGGAAUAAAGUCACAUAGGUGGUACAUGAAUUUUUUUUCACAACUCUUAGAUAUCUGUAUCAAUAAUGCUUGGCUGUUGCGGCGUAGACAUAAUAAAAUGAAACAUACAGUACCAUUGAAAGAUGGUUUGAAGAAAUUUCGGUAUGAGGUUUAUGCUGGUCUCUUGAAAAGGGAUAGAACUGCUGCAGUAAAGCAAACUGAAUCGGUUUCUGAAAAUAAAAAAACAAAGAAACCCGUUGCAGAAUGACCACCUGAUGAAGUGCGCUUUGAUAAAUUUGACCACUGGCCUCAAUUAUCCGGAUAUCAGCGAUGCAAAUAUUGUAAAACCGGUCAGGCUAGUACACUAUGCACAAAAUGCAAUGUACAUCUGUGCUAUGUCAAAAAUAGAAAUUGUUUUUUGGCCUACC